CUUUUAUGGUCAUGAUUGUUUGAUACAUAUUACAUUUACUUUACAAUCUAUAAACAAUUUUUUAAAUAAGAUUAUAAUAAGUUUAAUAUAUCAAACCAUACCAAUUCACUUUUUAUAAUGAUACGAGAACUUGGAGUAAAUACUAAUGUCUUGCCCGUGCCUGUCAAGAUCCGUGUGAAUCGUGUGUGGGUCGAUAAGGAUGAACCUUUUGCAGCUCCAAUUAAAAUUGUCAAUUGCUGAAAAGUGUAAUCAAAGUAAGUCAACACGGUAGCUGUGCUUACGAUAAGAUACUGGAGAGGUGUCCAACGUGGCCCGCUGCCCCCCACCUCACUGCCCACCGGGAUGUCCCGUCCGCGUGCCCGAAACUCUCGUAAACAACGGCGAAACAGUAAAACCCACUUAGCCAAAAAAUCGUUUCCCGGAGUUGUUGCAGCGUCUGCUGCGGUUUUUUGCUCCGAUGUCGGCUGAUGGCUGAUGGGUGAUGGCUGGUGUCACUGGGCAUUAAGAUAAAACUACGCUGCCGCUGGCCGAUAGGGCGGAUCAUUGAUUUAUAGCGAUGAUUCCCGAGAACGGCGUAGUGGCUAGUGGUUAGUUAAAAUUAAAGAGCUCCGGACGGGCAGCAGUCAGUGACGAGUGGAGCGGCGCAAGAACCACACGCGAGUGCCUUGAGUCGUGUCAAGGAUCUAACAUACAUAUAUGUGAUAUUUAUACGCGGGAUCGCCAUACUAUACUAUAUGCCUGCAGUGGUCAAGUGUAUAUAUACAAAUAAUGAGUGCGGUUCAUGAGGAGCGAAAGCCAAAUCCGGUGACAAAGGCCAACUUCCUUUCCAAAUGGUUCUUUAUCUGGACGCGGGAGAUUGUCGUUAAGGGUCUGCGCCGGUGUCUCGAUCCCUCGGAUCUGUAUGCCCCCGAGCCCAGCUUGGAGAGUACCCAGGUCUCCGCCUUCCUGCUCGGCCACUGGGAGCAGGAGCUCAAGCGACCCAAGCCCAACGUCCUGCGCAUGAUAUUCAAGGCCUACGGAUGGAGCUUUGUUCCUGCAAGCAUAGUGUACUCCAUCAUGGCCAUUGCGUGCAGUAACACAACGCAGCCCUUAAUGCUGGGUGGUUUGGUCUCCUUUUUCUCGGAGAGCACGGAAAAUGUCACGAAACACUCGGCUUACCUGUACGCCAUGGGUGUGGUGCUCUGCUCCCUGCUCUCGGGACUUUUUCACCCCUUCAUGAAGUACCUGUUCCAAGUGGGUUCCCGCGUCCGUGGCCUGUGCGGUCUUGUCUACCGGAAGUUCCUUCGGGUUUCAGUGGCAGCGGAUAACAGUGGAGUGAGUGGAUAUGCCAUAUCUUUGAUGGCACCGAUCUGCCCCUUCAACGAGUCCUUCUACUGCUUCCACGAACUGUGGCGAGGACCCCUGGAGGGCGUGGUCUUCGUUUAUAUCAUAUACCAACUGAUUGGAUGGCCGGCAGUGGUGGGAUUGGGAACCAUUAUAGCCUUCAUCCCACUCCAAGCUUGGGCCGCUCGAGCUAUAGCCCGGUAUAAACGGAGUUCGGCGGAUGUGGGCGAUGAGAGAGUGAAGCUGAUGAACGAGAUUAUCGCAGCGAUGCAGCUGAUCAAGAUGUAUGCCUGGGAGAAGUCGUUUGCUAAACUAAUCGGCAAAGUGAGGAAGGAGGAGAUGGACUCCAUAAAGGGUUCCACCUACAUUUAUGCUGGACUGCAGUGCACCGGCAUGAUAUCCAAGCUAUCCCUCUUCGUUUCCCUGGUUACCUAUGUAUUCACCGGUGACAUAGUCACCUCCCAAAAGGUCUUCAUAGUGGCUAGCUACUAUGAUCAUCUCAAUGAUUCCCUGCUGCACUCCUGGCCCCUGGCCAUCAACAUGUGGGUCGAGACCUUUGUGGUGGCCAAUCGAGUAAAGGACUUCCUCUUCCAGCACGAGAAUCCCGCUGAUGGUGGAGUGCACAACUUCAAGGAGGCGGAAGAUAACCCGGAGCAUGGUAACUUCCAGGGACGUACUCAACCCAAAGCUGAAGCCAAGAGUAUUACGGUACACGAACUCACGGCCAGUUGGGAUAAGGCGGAUCAGGAGAAACGCCAGCGCCACGUAGAGGAUGUGAGUUUCCAGGCCACGGAUCAGCAAUUCGUGGGUAUCGUUGGUACAGUGGGUGCUGGAAAGAGCACUCUACUCCAAGUGAUCCUGGGGGAACUGGAUAUUAUCAGUGGCAGUGUGGAUCUGAAUGGUGUCCUCAGCUGCCCUCAAGAACCCUGGUUACUUCGAGGUAGCCUGCGGGAAAACAUCCUCUUUACGGAACCCUACGAUGAGCAGCGUUAUUUGGUCCUGCGGGUCUGUCACCUUGACAGGGAUGUGGAACAGCUACCUUUGGGUGAUAACACCAGAGUGGGUGAAGGUGGUGCCAGUCUGAGUGGUGGUCAGAAAGCUCGAGUUAGUCUUGCUCGGGCUGUUUACCGGAAAGCAGAUAUAUACCUUCUGGACGAUCCCCUGUCCGCCGUCGAUUCGCAUAUGAGUAAGAUGCUCCUGGAUCGAUGUCUCAAUGAGUUUUUGUCCAACAAAAUCCGCAUCCUGGUCACUCAUCGGGUUCAGUUGCUGCGACAUGUGGAUCAUUUGGUCUUGCUCGAAGGUGGACGGAUCUCUGUUCAGGGGCAUUACGAUGCCCUAAAGAAGCUCAUAAGAUUCCGGAUGUCGGUGGCCAAUGAUGUCGAGGGCAAGUUGCGGGCCAUGCGAACGGACAGUGUUUACGGACCGGAACCAAGGAAAUCGUUGUCCCCAGAGGAGCACCUCGAUCGGCAUGAGAUCGAACAGCAGUUCAAGGAGCAGCAGCAUAGGGGAUCCGUCAAACUGUCCACCUAUAGGGAGUACUUCAAGGUUCUGGGUCAUCCUCUGGUCGUGGUGCUGAUCAUGCUGAUGUUUAUUGUGGCCCCCUCCGAGGCCACUAUGGAUAUCUUUCUUUCCAAGUGGGCAACUUGGGAGGAAACGGAACCCAAUCUGCAUGAACCGAUUCCGGAGUAUCAAACUCGUUUUCACAUGAUGAUUUUAUACACAUUCCUGAUCCUGUGCACCCUCACCUUCUAUGUGAUCCGCACCUUUGGCUUCUUUGCGAUGACCCUGCGGAUUUCGCUGCGCAUUCAUGACCAACUCUUCCAAGGGGUCAUCCGCGCCUUCAUGUAUUUCUUCACGCUGGCCACCUCGGGAAGGAUUUUGAACCGCUCCAGUGACAUCCUGGCCAUCGAUGUGAAUCUGCCGCAGGCUCUCAUGGACUCCAUUGAGUUUGCUGUGAAUGCCUUUGCUGUGCUCGCGGUGGUCAGCAGCAACACUUGGCUUCUCAUCCCGGCAUUCAUAGUGGUAUCCCUGCUGUACGGAUGUCGAUGUCUCUAUAUAGGAGCUAGCCGGAGUCUCAAGCGGAUAGAGACCAUAUCUCGCAGUCCCAUCUACUCGCAUACGAAUACCACCUUCAAGGGCCUGGCCACCAUCCGUGCUAUGAAUGGCACCAAGUAUAUGGCGGACUUCCAUUACUACCAGAAUGAGAACACCUCUGCUUUGUAUCUCCAUGUCAGCAUCAACAGGGCCUUUGCCUUCUGGACGGAUCUCAUCUGUGUGCUCUACAUCCUGGCGGUGACCUUUAGCUUCCUGCUUUUCGACAAGCACAGGGGAUACUAUAGUGGUGACGUUGGUCUGGCCAUCACCCAGUCCAUGAAACUGGUUUUGAUGUGCCAGGCGGGAAUGCGGCAAACGGUGGAGCUGGAGAACAUGAUGACCAGUGUGGAGCGGGUGAUGGAGUAUGUGAAUAUACCCUCGGAACCUGCCUACGAAACCGACGAGUCGGUUAAUCUGCCCAAUCAGUGGCCCAGUGGUGAGCUGGAUUUCCGGGAUCUUCGGCUGCGCUACAGCGCUCAUGGUCCCUAUCUGAAGGGACUCAACUUCACCAUACGUGGGGAGGAGAAGAUUGGCAUUGUGGGUCACACGGCGGCUGGAAAAUCAUCCAUUGUGCAGGCCCUCUUCCGGUUGGCCAACAUCGAUGGACAUAUUUGUAUCGAUGGAUAUGACAGCCGAUUGGGGCUACACGAUCUAAGGCGGCGAAUCUCGAUCAUACCGCAAGAUCCGGUACUUUUCUCAGGAACUCUCCGCUUCAACCUCGAUCCCUUCGAGGAGAAGACGGACGAGGAACUCUGGCUGGCCCUGGAGGCUGUCAAGCUCAAGGAGUUCGUGUCGAAUCUGAAGGAGGGCAUCAACUGCCGGCUCCACGACUGCGGGGCCAACUUCAGCAUGGGCCAGAGGCAGCUGGUCUGCCUGGCCAGAGCCCUCCUGCGCCAGAACAAAAUACUCAUCAUGGACGAGGCCACGGCCAACGUGGAUCCCGAGACGGACAAUCUCAUCCAGGAGGCGAUCCACACCAAGUUCGCCCACUGCACCGUGCUGACCAUUGCCCAUCGACUGCACACCGUGAUGGAUAACGACCGGGUGAUGGUGGUGGACAUGGGCAGGGUGGUGGAGCUGGGGCAUCCUCACGAGCUGCUGCACAACAGGCACGGGUAUCUGCAUCGAUUCGUGGAGAAGACCGGCGUGGGAACCGCCCAGCACCUGAGGCACCUGGCGGAGCAGAGCUACAGGAAACGGGUGCUGGGGAGGAAAUCGGAGGAUCAGGGUUCCGUGCUCGAGGUGGGGUACAAGGGGACGACCCUGUGAAAGACUGCGGGGGGGAAAUUAAUUCGUACACCUGGGUAGAGGGCUUGCCGUUCUGUUAGGUAUGGUAAUAUAGACUUUAUUAUAGUGAACUGAUCUUUAAAUAUAGUUAUAUAUGUAUAUAUUUAAUAUGUACUUCAUAAUAUACUCGUACUUAGUUGUUUCAACUCGAUCGUUUUCGUUUGCCUUCUUGAAUUUGAAAAAAGCAAUUUAUCUUGUAGGUUAAGAUUACAUUACCAUCGUCUAUAUUUUGCUACUCGUACUGUCUGGCUUUGAUUCGCUCUCUAUAACUACGAUCCUUUCUAGUUUCCUUUUUGGUUUCUUUGUAGUUACAAGUCACAUGAAAAAUCGAAAUGUUGAACUCUAUAAGUUGCUUCUCUUCUAGGCUUAAAGACUUAGGUUUGUCCCUUCAUUACUUUAGUUUUUUGUUCUUGUUGUAUGGCUUAGAUGUGCGAUAAUGGCAUUUGAUUCUAGAUGUAUAAUAUUAGCAUUACAAGAGUUCGCUUCAUAUAUAAAAUUUUUGUUUUCCUUUGGUAGAGUGUAAAUGAAUUUAUCGCAUUCGGUUUGGUAGCAGUUUUUUCACGAAACUUUAAUACAAGUUCAUAUAAUAGUUGUAUGUAGUUGUUGUGUAUAAUGUAAAUAUUAAAGUAAAUAAAGCAUAUUCAUGUAUGUAUAUAAUUGGUUUUAAAAUAUUCUCUUCUUAUGCUCAUCAUUGGUUUAGCUUAUUUAAAAUUCGCUUAAAGUCUGCC